AUGUCCGACGGCGCAACCCUUUUCCAACUAGUUUUCACGCGAAAUGAUGCUUCGCACAGCGAAGUCGCCAGAAUUAUUAACCAGCAGGUUGAUAACAGUCAGAGUUUGGAUAUUAUAAAUUUCCGACCCCAGCGGCCAACAGACAAAUUAACCACUUAUGUGGGGGUCGCGGACGUUGGUGGCAGCGCAGUGCAUGAAUUAGAGGAAAUGCGACCUCCUAGACGACUGUCCCCUGGGCUUCAAUGGAAUGAAGAAGGACAGUACUGGGGUUACCAGCAGUCAUCCCCUGCAAAUCCCAACUUGGACGAAGGUGUCUGCGUUCCACCCUACUGCAUUCCGGCAGUGUGUUCGGAUACAGGCGCUGGAGAUCUGUGCCCGCAGAAAUGCGUAACUCAAAAUUGCGAUAUCGGCUGCUUCCCGUCUUGUAUUGCAGGAUCUCAGUGCAUAAGAAACAUUUGCUAUUGCGACGCUUUUCGAAGAGCCACGGAAUGCAAUCUGAUAAGUUCAUUGGAUUGUCAAAAUUUCUUUAGUUUGACAUGUUCAGUUGGAUGUUUUAAACCGUCAACACUAACUCCUCCUUCUGGGUGUGAUUGUGCUAUCCCAUUCCACGUUCUCUUGCAACCAAUGUGCGCCACGGAAUCUCAGCUCCGAUGUCCUAAUAAUUGUUCCGGCAACGGGUUUUGCGAUCAAAAAACUGGCCAAUGUAUUUGCAACUUGGGCUCUACCGGUCCUAGCUGUUCCUCGAAGGAUUAUUGUGUUAUCACUUCUGGACAACCCCCAUGUGAAUACGGAUGCGUUUCCUUGAAUGAAACCCGACUAUGUACGUGCCCUUCACCGUUAGUCCUCCAACCCGACGGGGUCAGUUGUGACAACCCGUGUCCUCCUGGUCUUACUGGACCACAGUGCUCCUAUGACAUUGAUGAAUGCCUUACAGGGAUCCAUGGAUGCCAGUAUUAUUGCGUCAAUACAUUUGGUUCCUAUGAAUGCAGGUGCCCUCCAGGGAUGACGCUAAACCUUCAGGACAACAGGACAUGCUUAGGUCAAACCUGCGAUCCCCCAUGUAUACCCGAUCAAGGCGAGUGUGUUUUGGGAGGUGUUUGUGAAUGUCGAUCCGGGUUUCAAGGCCCUAGUUGUGAAUUUGAUGUCGACGAGUGUAUUACUGGGAUCAGUGGAUGCGAUCAUGAUUGUAUCAAUACAUUCGGCUCAUUCCGAUGUCUUUGCCGACCUGGCUUUGAGCUCGACCAUCGAGAUAACAAAACAUGCUUUGCAAAAGGCUGCAAUCCGAGUUGUGUAUCUGGUCAAGGUGAAUGCAUUGAUGGACGAUGCAAAUGUUAUGAAGGUUUUCAAGGAAACGCCUGUGAAAAUGACCUCGAUGAGUGCGCCUAUGGGCAACAUAAUUGUCAGGACCGAUGUGUAAACACCCAUGGCUCAUUUCGUUGUGAAUGUCGACGAGGAUAUGAAGUGGAUCCUCGUGACAACAGAUCUUGUAUUCCUCGGCAAUGUGACCCUCAGUGCAUUCCAGGCCAGGGAAUUUGUGUCGAAGGCCAUUGUCAAUGUAUCAAAGGUUUUCGAGGUCUUGCUUGUGAAGAAGACGUAGAUGAAUGCAGAGACGGAACUCACAACUGUGAGCACAAGUGCCUUAACACACAUGGAUCUUUCGAGUGCGCAUGCCUCGAGGGUUAUCGACCUUCUCAGUUGGACUCAAGUCGUUGUGAUCGGGUAAAAUGUGAACCCGAUUGCGUCUCAGGCCAAGGAGAUUGUCAAAGUGGAAUUUGUGUGUGUAGACCCGGUUUUACUGGACACCUUUGUGAUCAGGAUGUUGAUGAAUGCCGAGAAGAACUACACAACUGUGAGCACGAAUGCGUGAAUCUACAUGGAUCCUAUAAGUGUAAGUGUCGUGAGGGCUAUCGAAUAUCUUCUAGCGAUCCUAGACGAUGUGAACCCAUCACCUGUGAACCCAGUUGCAUUAAAGGACAAGGCUUCUGUCAUAAAGGCGUUUGCGAAUGUCGAACGGGCUACACGGGUAAGGCCUGUGAGCGAGAUAUUGAUGAAUGCAGCGAGGGGAAGCAUGAUUGCCAGCAUAGGUGCAUUAACAGGGUGGGUUCAUUUGAGUGCGUUUGCAACAAAGGCUACCGUCCAGUCCCCACGGACUCGAGCCGUUGUGAGCCUCUGCCCUGUGAACCAGAAUGUGUGCCAGGACAGGGUGCUUGUAGACAAGGUAAGUGCGAAUGUAGAAAAGGAUUUGCAGGAGAGGCAUGUGAAAGAGAUGUGGACGAAUGCAUUGAGAGUCGACACGGCUGUGAACAAAUCUGUGUCAACAAUCACGGCUCGUAUGAAUGCGCUUGCUAUGAAGGCUACCAGCAGUCCUCUCAAGACCCAAAACGUUGUGAACCUGUUCGUUGCCAAGCCGACUGCGUUCCUGGCCAAGGAGUGUGCUGGAAAGGUGCCUGUCACUGCAAUCCCGGUUUUGCUGGAGAGUCCUGUAAGGAAGAUAUCGACGAAUGCAAGCUCAAACUAGACAAAUGUGAGCACACGUGUGUGAACACUUGGGGUUCCUACAAGUGCGAAUGCGAUUUUGGCUACGAGGUAUCUUUGGAAAAUCCCCAUAAAUGCAUUCCUAGUAAAUGCACUUCAAACUGCGUUCCAGGGAAAGGCGACUGCGAUGAAUAUGGCCGCUGUAUUUGCCGACCAGGUUAUGAAGGCCCCUAUUGCCAACACGAGGCUGACGUCUGCUCCACUGGGCAUCACGAAUGUGAGCACAUAUGUGUUAGCCUACCAGGGGGACGCCACAUAUGUCGAUGUUAUCCUGGUUACAGUCCAGACCCACAGCAGCCUCAUCGCUGUGUCGCGGUAGGUUGUGAUCCGCCAUGUAAGGCUGGCCAAGGCGUCUGCAUUCCACACAUAAACGAAUGCAGAUGUUUCGCCGGAUAUGGAGGCGAUCGAUGUGAGUUAAAUGUCGACCGAUCCGAGGAGAAACAAGAAUGCGGAUGCUCACACAUCUGCGUAGGCACACCAGAUUCCUUUCAUUGUGAGUGUCCUCCUGGCAUGCACCUUGCGUCCAACAGCACGACCUCAUGUGUUAAAGACACGCGGUGUAAUCCACCAUGUUGGCCCGGUCGGGGUGUCUGCGUGGACACAAACUGCUGCAAAUGUUACGAAGGGUUCGCUGGGAGGUACUGUGAGAUUGUCUACAAUGCAUGCAAAGCAUUUCGACCCUGCCAACAACAGUGUGUAAACCAAGGUGACGGAAAAUAUGAAUGCCACUGUUGGCCGGGAUUCGUUCCAGCCCUACCAAACAAUGCAACUACAUGUAAACAUGCAUGUAGACCAGGAGUGGACUGCUUCAACGGCCAUUGUGUUGAGGGUCGGUGCGUCUGCAAACAGGGGUUUACCGGCAAAAAAUGUGAUGAGGACAUCGACGAGUGUCAGGGAGAGGGAAGUAUCCAUGCUAGAUGUGAACACAGAUGUGUUAACACCCCGGGAUCUUAUGAAUGCCAGUGUAAUUUGGGCUAUACGCUUCAACCUGAUGGAUUCUCAUGUCAGAAGAAUGAGGCUCAGAAUGAUUGUCCUAGUGAGUGUUUAAAUAAUGGUGUCUGUGGUUCUGGGUGUAAAUGCCCAGAUGGAUUUCGUGGACCACUUUGUGAGGAAGUUAUCGACGUCUGUAAAGAAGAAGCCCCAUGUGAACAAUUGUGUUAUAAUAAACCGAACGGAGGCUACUUAUGUGCUUGCCGGGAGGGGUAUGAGCUCAAUCUGGAUGGUUUCAGUUGCGACCCUUCAGAAGUCUGUGAUCCCCCAUGUUCUGGAAGUUCAAAGUGCAUUCAUGGACGAUGCAUUUGUCCCGUCGGGUUACAAGGACCCCAGUGUAACUUGGACGUUGAUGAGUGCUCGAUGCCUGCCCACGUGCAUGGGUGCCUUCACGGAUGUUGGAACACAUUCGGUUCCUACGAGUGUAUCUGCCCUCCCGGAUACACACGGCUGCCGGACAAAAGAACAUGUUUAGUGACAGAUUCCGAAGAUGGAUGCAGUCGAAUUUGCAGGAAUGGAGGAGUUUGUAAGGGCGACAACGAGUGCUCAUGUCCCCGGGGUUUUGAAGGCCCUGACUGUGGUCAGGACAUUGACGAAUGCGCAACCUUGGCGCCUUGUGACCCCGACCACAGUAUCUGCAUUAAUCGUUAUGGGGGCUAUGAAUGCGUCUGCCGGCCCGGCUACAUACUGCUCCUGGAUGGACGUCACUGCAUCCCUGAAGAGCGGGCAAGGCAGGCACCACACCUUAUCUUCCGUGGCCGUGGAACCAAAGGGGUUAUGAUGGGUAGAAAAAUAAGAAACCUUCUCUAG